ACCUAGCUAUCUGAUUCAUUUAGAAUCUACUCACACAAAUUGAGAGAACAAUGGGUGCUUGUUAUUCUUGCAAUACAUCCUCAAUAUUCAAAAACAUGAUAAGAGUAGUUCAUCUCAAUGGUUUUAUUGAAGAUUUUGAUCAACCAAUUUCAGCAAGCCAAGUUAUUGGUAAUCUACCAAAACACUUUGUUUGUACUUCAAUACAGCUUCUAUCAUCAUCCUACAAACCAUUGAAACGAGAUAAUAGUCAACUCUAUUUCAUGCUACCAUACUCAGUACUCCAAGCUGAUGUUUCUCCUCUGGAUUUGGCUUGCCUAGCCAAAAGGCUUACUUCAAAAGGUAAAGCCAAAAACAAACCAUGUGAUUACAGUAAGUCUCCAACAGCUAUUCCCUUAGCUUCAAGAAGUCCUUGUAGAGUUGGUGUGGAAGAGAAAGUCAUGAUGAAUGGAAGAAGAAGCCCAUGUAGAGUGCAGUCAUGGAAACCUAUCUUGGAAAGUAUUGCAGAGAAGUCCCUUAACAGUUAACAGGAGAAGUGAAUCAGAUUUAUAGUAGACUUGUAUCUGUGUAAUGAUUAUUAAGAUAGGAAGUAGGAAGCCAUAAUAUAGUGUAGAAUUAUUGUAUCUGAUGUUCUGAAAAGUGUGUUUGAAUGUGUUAAUUAAAUCUUAGAGAAGUAAAAAACAAUCCAUGAAAUUUUCUUGUUAUUGAAAACGUGUACACUGUAGCACACUUGUUAUGGAUAUUUAUAGGACAGACUAAUCAGAUGAUGACCCUAUUUUAAUGAUCA